GACGCCACGGCCCCGGCCCCGCAGCGGCCGCGCGAGAGCCUGCGCACUGGGGCCCCAGUGCCUGUAGCGGCUCCCGGCUCGGCUGCUCCGAAGAUGGCGGAGCGCGCCGGCGGCGGCACAUCCUUGAGGGGACUGCGCGAACGAAUGGUUGCUGCUGCUAAUGCCAUUGCUGAAGAAAGACGAAGUCAAGGUAGCUUUAGUUCUCUUCCGUCCCAGCCUUCAAAUAUAAAAUCACCAUUUAAGCCAGUAAUAGAUGGCUCUGUGCUUAAAAAUGACAUAAAACAAAGAUUAGCAAAGGAGCGGAGAGAAGAGAAAAAAAGACAAGAUGAUGCUAAUAAAGAGACACAGCUACUUGAAAAAGAAAGAAAGUCUAAGAUCGUAUAUGAAAAACAGAUGGAAGAAAAACAGCGAAAGCUGAGGGAACAGAAAGAAAAAGAUGAACAACGGAGAAUAUCUGCAGAAAAAAAAAGAAACGAAAUGUUAGAGGAAGAAAGGGAGAAAUUCAAAGCCGUCCUUCAUCGUACACUGGAAAGGAGCAGCCGCGUUGACCGUCAAAAAAGAUGGUCAUGGGGAGGCUAUACAACAGUAAAUUCCCAAAAUAAGACUGUCAACAAACAUUCUACAUCUACUGAAAAGCUUGAGCAGGGGACUUGUGGAUUACAUAGACAAAUGUCAUCUACUGGUCUUCAAAAUUCUGUUGCCAAGAAAACACCAGAAAAGAGACGAAGUUCAUCUUUGAAUAGAAGAUGUAGCGGACUGCAUUCAUCUACAGAAACAGAACAAGUGGAAGAAAAACGACCUGGCAUCCACAGUGUAAUCCAGUAUGUAAACAUGCCCCUGCUUAGGCCUAGCAGUGAUGAAUUGAAGAGUGCCAUAGUGCCUCCCCAGUCAACAGCGGUGAUGCCUUUCCAGGAGAAGGUAGAAAUACCUUCCAAGACUAGUGUGGGAGUCGCCCCCAAGGCAAGUGUGGAAGUGCCCCCUGAGGUGAGCGUUGAAGCACUCACCAAGGCAAGCUUGGAUGAAUCCCCCCAGGUGAACGUGGAAGCACCCCCUGAAGUGAGUGUGGAAGCGUUCCCGGAGGAGAGCAUGAAAAAACACCCCAAGGUGAGUGUGGAAACACUCCUGGAGGCAAGCAUGAAAGAACACCCUGCCGUGAAUGUGGAUGCACUCCCGGAGGCGAGCAUGAAAGAACCCCCCAAGGUGGGCAUGGGUGCACUCGCGGAGGAGAGCAUGGAAGAACCCCCCAAGGUGAACGUGGGUGCACUCACGGAGGAGAGCAUGGAAGAAUCCCCCAAGGUGAGCGUGGAAGCACUUGCGGAGGAGAGCGUGGAAGAACCCCCCAAGGUGAGUGUGGGUGCACUCGCGGAGGAGAGCAUGAAAGAACACCCUGCCGUGAAUGUGGAUGCACUCCCGGAGGCGAGCAUGAAAGACCACCCCAAGGUGAGUGUGGAUGCACUCCCGGAGGCGAGCAUGAAAGAACACCCCAAGGUGAGCGUGGAUGCACUCCCGGAGGAGAGCAUGAAAGAACACCCCAAGGUGAGCGUGGAUGUACUCGCGGAGGAGAGCAUGGAAGAAUCCCCCAAGGUGAGCGUGGAAGCACUCGCGGAGGAGAGCAUGAAAGAACCCCCCAAGGUGAGCGUGGGUGCACUCGCAGAGGAGAGCAUGAAAGAACACCCCAAGGUGAGCGUGGAUGCACUCCCGGAGGAGAGCAUGAAAGCACCCUCCAAGGUGAGCGUGGACGUACUCGCGGAGGAGAGCAUGAAAGCACCCUCCAAGGUGAGCGUGGACGUACUCGCGGAGGAGAGCAUGAAAGAACCCCCCAAGGUGAGCGUGGGUGCUCUCCCAGAGGAGAGCAUGGAAGCACCCCCCAAGGUGAGUGUGGAAGCAUUACCAGAAGUGAAUAUGGAAGGACCCUCUGCAAAUGUGGAAACAUCACCUGAGACAAGUGAGGACUUAUCCUUUGAAGCACAUGUGGAUCCAUCCCUGGAGGUGAGCAUGGACUCAUCCCCAGAUGUGAGUGUGAACCCAUCUCCUGAAGUGAGCAUGGACUCGUCCCAGGAGGUGAGCACGGAAGCAUCAUCUGAGGCUAGUGUGGACAUAUCUCCCGAGGCGAGCAUGGAAACACUCCCUGAGGAGAGUGUGGAAACAUCCCCCGAGGAGAGUGUAGAAGCAUUCUCAGAGGCAAGCAUGGAUGCACUCCCAGAGGAGAAUGUGGAGGUGCUCCCCAAGGAGACCACGAAAGGGCCUUCUGAGGCAAGUGUGGAGGUGCCCCUGGAGACCUCCCCCGAGGUGACCGUGGAAAUAUCUUCCAAGAAAUCAGAAAUGGACGAACAGCCCUCAAACCCUAUUACCAAGAAGCGUGUACCACCAUCGCAGAUACCGUGUUAUAGAUGGUCGUCAUCUCCUACAAGAAGGUGGUGUCCACCAUCUCCCACCAGUGCUAGUAGGCAAAUUCAAAAGAAUUGCCCCUCAUCACCUUCACCUGGCACGUCAAAACAAUCGACACAGUUUUGUUUUUCCUAUAAAGUAAUUCCUACGCAGCGUACCGUAUUUGCACAAAAUGCAUUAGGUACUAUGGGAAUGAAAAGCAAAGCCGUUUCUAACACCAUUAACAACUCUGAGGCUGCAAGCCAAAAGGAUAUGAUCUGUGAAGAGUCUGGUAAUAAAGGCACACCAGGACCUAAGAAUGCUGAGGAGGCAACAAAAAUUUUGGCAGAAAAACGACGCCUUGCUCGUGAGCAAAAAGAAAAAGAAGAAAGACUACAAAAAGAGAUGGAACAAAGGAAAAUAAAAGAUGUAGCAAAGAAAGUGGAUGAAGGUCAAGAAGACGAGUUUUCAAAAUUUGGAGAUGGGCAACAACCAAAGGAGAUGAAGAAGAAAGAAAGUCAGGAACAAGAAGACCAAAAAGUCGAACUCCAGAAAAGUGACGCCAAAAUAAAAGCUCAGGAGGAGGCUGACAAACGCAAGAAGGAGCAUGAGAGGAUUAUGUUACAGAAUCUGCAGGAGAGAUUAGAAAGAAAAAAGAGAAUUGAGGAAAUUAUGAAGCGGACGAGAAAGCCAGAUUCGAAUGCCUCAAAGGCUACAGAAACAUUGAGCGGUGAUGCAUAUGAGGAGGACGAGGCAGAUGAUGAGGACGAGUCAGAAAGUGACAGUGAUUCCUUUGAUGACAUGCGUCCAUCAGCUACUAUAAAUGGCAUGGAUUCAUCCACAAAACCAAAAACACACUUUAAACAUGUGAAGAACACUAGCAAGUUUUUAGAUGUGACUUCUAGCCACAUCCAUAAAGAGACAAAAGCAUUUUUAAAUACUGACAUGAAAACCUUUGGACCAAAAGGAGUGAAAGACCCUUUGAAUCAGACAAAGAGUACCAGAUCCUCCACCAAAAGACCAACCAACCGAGCAGCAAAAACUGGAAAGGUGGAAAUCAGCAGCACUGUGGGACCUACCAAGAGUUCCCGUUCAGAGGUACAGAAGUGGGUAUGCGACCAAAUUAUUGACUUCUCAAGAGAGGCAAAACCACCUGGGUCCAGUUUCCCUCCUGAGAGCCCAAAACUCCAGCCGAGAGGCUCCAUGACAUCCUGCCUGAAUCACCGGCCACCUGUAGACAACAAAAACAGAAGCCAGUCUGUGCCUGCUCCAUCAG